UUGUCUCUUGAGAGGACGUUGACCUGCUCCUGUUUGAAACUAGUAAGCUGCUUGUCUUUGUGUGUGCGUGUUAAUUGAGAGAGAGAGAGUGUGUGUGUGUGUGUGUGUGUGUGUAUGUGUGUGUGUGUAUGCUGCUGCCAAUGGGGAAUAAGCAACCAGUGUUUUCACACACUGGAGGACCACAGACGCAGACACAGGAGCUGGUCUGAGAGGAGCAUGAAGCUGACUUUGACUGGUGCGUCGGUUUUUUAUUCCUGGUGACUUUUCGCGUUAUGAUCGGUGAUAUUACACAGAAGGGCUAUGAGAAGAAGCGAUCCAAGCUGAUUGGAGCCUACUUCCCACAAGCACCAGGUAAAAGAAUGGAUCCGUCCAUGGGACAGGAGAGGAGAACACCAGUCACCCCGUCCUCUUCCUCGCGGUACCACCGCCGACGGUCUUCUGGCUCCAGGGAUGAACGCUACCGCUCCGAUGUGCACACAGAGGCGGUGCAGGCGGCCCUGGCCAAGCACAAAGAGAGGAAGAUGGCGGUGCCGAUGCCUUCGAAGCGACGGUCGCUGGUGGUCCAGACCUCCAUGGACGCCUACACGCCACCAGACACCUCCUCAGGCUCCGAGGGCGAGGGUCAGGGCGACGGCGACGACGAGGAGGGAGGAGGAGGCGGCGAAGAGGAAGACGGAGGAGGAGGCGGCGGCGGGACCUCGUCCAGCCGCGAGGGGAGCAUCAGCAUGGAGCAUUGGAUCAGCCGCGCCAUCCACGGCACCUCCUCCACCACCACCACCACCUCCUCCACCGCCUCCUCCUCCUCUUCCUCCACACGCAGCGGGGGAAGCGGGGCGGCUGGCGGCAGGCUGGCUGACGUCCUGGCUCAACAUGUCCACAUCUCUGCCCACCACCACCACCGCCACCACCAUCACGACCACCACCGCAAGACAGAGAACCACUCUGCCCCUCCAGAUGUCACCGGCUACACCAACAACACCGCCAACACCACCGCCACCGACGGGAUCCAGGUGGAGAGAGCCCCGGGUGCCGGCACCGCUGCCCAGAGACAGACACCCAAGUACGGCAAUGCUGAGCUGAUGGAGACCGGAGACGGUGUUCCAGUCAGCAGCAGAGUUUCAGCCAAAAUCCAGCAACUCGUCAACACUCUGAAGAGACCCAAGCGACCACCGCUAAGAGAGUUCUUUGUCGAUGACUUCGAGGAGCUUCUGGAGGUCCAGCAGCCGGACCCCAACCAGCCCAAAGCCGAGGGGGCCCAGAUGGUGGCCAUGCGGGGCGAGCAGCUGGGCGUAGUGACCAACUGGCCCCCGUCUCUGGAGGCGGCCCUGCAGAGGUGGGGCACCAUCUCCCCGAAGGCGCCUUGUCUCACCACCAUGGACACCAACGGCAAGCCGCUCUACGUGCUCACCUACGGUAAACUGUGGUCCAGAAGUGUGAAGGUAGCCUACAACCUGCUGCACAAACUGGGAACCAAACAGGAACCGCUCGUCAGGCCUGGAGACCGGGUGGCGCUGGUCUUCCCGAACAACGACCCCGCUGCCUUCAUGACGGCCUUCUACGGGUGCCUGCUGGCCGAGGUCGUCCCCGUACCGAUAGAAGUACCGCUGACCAGGAAGGACGCCGGCAGUCAGCAGAUCGGGUUUCUGCUGGGGAGCUGUGGAGUGACCGUGGCUCUGACCAGUGAUGCCUGCCAUAAAGGAUUACCCAAGAGUCCCACCGGAGAGAUCCCACAGUUCAAAGGCUGGCCUAAGCUGCUGUGGUUCGUCGUCGAGUCCAAACACCUCUCCAAACCUCCCCGAGACUGGUUCCCACAUAUCAAGGACGCCAACCAGGACACCGCCUACAUCGAGUAUAAGACCUGUAAGGACGGCAGCGUCCUCGGCGUGACCGUGAUGAGGAUAGCCAUGCUCACACACUGCCAGGCCCUCACACAGUCCUGCUCAUACACGGAAGCUGAGACCAUAGUGAAUGUAUUAGACUUCAAGAAGGAUGUAGGACUGUGGCACGCCGUCCUGACUAGUGUGAUGAACAUGAUGCAUGUCAUCAGUAUUCCCUACGCCCUCAUGAAGGUCAACCCUCUGUCCUGGAUCCAAAAAGUCUGCCAGUACAAAGCUAAGGUGGCGUGUGUGAAGUCGCGGGACAUGCACUGGGCUCUGGUGGCCCAUCGGGACCAGCGAGACGUCAACCUGAGCUCCCUGCGCAUGCUGGUGGUGGCCGACGGUUCGAAUCCCUGGUCGAUUUCGUCCUGUGACGCCUUCCUCAACGUCUUCCAGACUAAAGGUUUGAAGCCAGAAGUCAUCUGUCCCUGCGCCAGCUCCCCCGAAGCUCUGACUGUAGCUAUACGGAGGCCGGUGGAGGAGGGCAGCACCCCUCCCGGUCGCGGCGUGUUGUCCAUGCAGGGUCUGAGUCACGGCGUGAUCCGGGUCGACUCCGAGGAGAAGCUGUCGGUCCUCACGCUGCAGGACGUCGGUUCUGUCAUGCCUGGAGCGAUGAUGUGUGUGGUGAAGCCGGAAGGCGUCCCUCAGCUCUGUAAAACCGAUGAGAUCGGAGAGUUGUGUGUUUGCACCGUUGCCACGGGAACCUCCUACUACGGCCUGGCCGGCAUGACAAAGAACACCUUCGAGGUCUUCCCGAUGUCCAACAGCGGAGCUCCAAUCAGCGAGUUUCCCUUCACCAGGACCGGCCUGCUGGGGUUCAUCGGACCCGGAGGUCUGAUCUACGUCGCGGGAAAGAUGGACGGACUCAUGGUGGUCGGAGGCCGACGGCACAACGCUGACGACAUCGUCGCCACGGCGCUCGCUGUGGAGCCCAUGAAGUUCGUCUACAGGGGCAGGAUAGCAGUGUUCUCCAUCACGGUGCUUCAUGAUGAGAGAAUCGUGGUCGUUGCAGAGCAGCGGCCCGACUCCACCGAGGAGGACAGCUUCCAGUGGAUGAGCCGAGUUCUGCAGGCGAUAGACGGUAUCCACCAGGUAGGGGUCUACUGCCUGGCUCUGGUGCCCUCCAACACCCUGCCCAAGACUCCCCUGGGUGGCAUCCACCUAUCAGAGACCAAGCAGCUCUUCCUGGAGGGGGCGCUGCACCCCUGCAACGUGCUCAUGUGUCCACACACCUGCGUCACCAACCUGCCCAAACCCCGACAGAAACAACCAGAGAUCGGUCCUGCGUCUGUGAUGGUUGGUAAUCUGGUGUCGGGGAAGAGGAUCGCUCAGGCCAGCGGCAGGGAUCUGGGUCAGAUUGAAGACAAUGACCAGGCAAGGAAGUUCCUCUUCUUGUCAGAGGUGUUGCAGUGGAGAGCCCAGACCACUCCAGACCACGUCCUGUACACACUGCUCAACUCCAGGGGUACGAUAGCCAGCUCUCUGAAUUGUGUUCAGCUCCACAAGAGAGCAGAGAAGAUCGCCGGCAUGCUGGCUGAACGGGGCCACCUACAGGACGGAGAUCACGUCGCACUGGUCUACCCUCCAGGUAUCGACCUCAUCGUGGCGUUUUACGGCUGCCUUUACGCCGGUUGCGUGCCGAUCACGGUGCGACCGCCUCACCCGCAGAACAUCGCCACCACGCUGCCCACCGUCAAGAUGAUCGUGGAGGUGAGCCGGUCGGUGUGCGUGAUGACCACACAGCUCAUCUCUAAACUGCUGAGGUCGAAGGAAGCUUCUGCAGCCGUAGACGUCCGAACCUGGCCUCCCGUCCUGGACACAGAUGAUUUGCCAAAGAAGAAACCUCCUCUGCUGUAUAAACCAUCAAACCCCGACACCCUGGCCUACCUGGACUUCAGCGUCUCCACCACCGGCAUGCUCGCUGGAGUCAAGAUGUCUCACACAGCCACCAGUGCCUUCUGCCGCUCCAUCAAGCUGCAGUGUGAGCUUUACCCGUCCAGAGAGGUCGCCAUCUGCCUGGACCCGUACUGCGGCCUGGGCUUCGUCCUCUGGUGCCUUUGCAGUGUGUACUCAGGUCACCAGUCCAUCCUGAUCCCUCCGUCCGAGCUGGAGGUGAACCCGGCUCUCUGGCUGUCGGCCGUCAGUCAGUACAAAGUCCGCGACACUUUCUGCUCCUACAGCGUCAUGGAGCUCUGCACCAAAGGUCUGGGCCUGCAGACCGACUCGCUGAAGGCCCGAGGUUUGGACUUGUCUCGGGUGAGGACCUGUGUGGUUGUGGCGGAGGAACGUCCCAGAAUAGCCCUGACGCAGUCCUUCUCCAAACUCUUCAAAGACCUCGGACUCCACCCUCGAGCUGUCAGCACCUCCUUCGGCUGCAGGGUCAACCUGGCGAUCUGCCUGCAGCCUUACAGGCUGGGAAAGCUUGCCGACCAGGGCACCUCAGGACCCGACCCAACGACUGUGUUUGUUGACAUGAGAGCGCUACGACACGACAGGGUCAGACUAGUAGAGAGAGGGUCACCACACAGCCUGCCGCUGAUGGAGUCUGGGAAGAUCCUGCCGGGGGUUCGGAUCAUCAUCGCCAACCCAGAGACCAAGGGACCAAUGGGAGAGUCGCAUCUGGGAGAGAUCUGGGUGCACAGCGGCCAUAACGCCAGCGGUUACUUCACCGUCUACGGAGACGAGGCGCUGCAGUCGGACCAUUUCAACUCCCGGCUCAGCUUCGGAGACACGCAGACCGUCUGGGCUCGGACCGGAUACCUGGGCUUCCUGCGCAGGACCGAGCUCACCGACGCCAGCGGUGAGCGACAUGACGCCCUGUACGUGGUCGGUGCUCUGGAGGAGGCCAUGGAGCUGAGGGGGAUGCGUUACCACCCCAUCGACAUCGAGACCUCCGUCAUCAGGACACACAAGAGCAUCACGGAGUGCGCGGUGUUCACGUGGACCAACCUGCUGGUGGUGGUGGUGGAGCUGGACGGCUCGGAGCAGGAGGCCCUGGACCUGGUUCCUCUGGUGACCAACGUGGUGCUGGAGGAGCACUACCUGAUCGUGGGCGUGGUGGUGGUGGUCGACAUCGGCGUCAUCCCCAUCAACUCCCGCGGCGAGAAGCAGCGCAUGCACCUGCGCGACGGCUUCCUGGCCGACCAGCUCGACCCCAUCUACGUGGCCUACAACAUGUAGCGCCGCCCCCCCCUCCCGCCCCACCCCCACCCCUCCAGGUGGCCGACAUGGAAGGUGGAUGAAGGAUUAUAUAGCAAGAUGCAAAGACGGUCCGCUCUUGAGACUGAAAAGGAAGAAAACGGAGUCUGAGGAUGAGUUUCUGGCACGAGGGGAGAAGGUUGUGAGUUGUUGUUUUGCCCUGAGUCUUGUCUCUCAGGCAGUGCUAGCUCCAAGGCUAACUAUCACUGCUAACUAGCUUCCAAAAUCAAGUGGUUAUAUUUAGAUUAGCAGGUUAAAUGUUUUAAUUUGGAGAAGUAGGGAUUCAUACUCAGCCUGAGAGACAGUAUCAAGGCAAGAACCCCCCCCCCCCACCGACCCCUCCCUCCUUCCUUCCUUCCUUGUGCCGACUGUUUACCGAAACGUGGCAAUCGUUGCAGCCUGCAGGCAGUAGAGGACAAUCGUUGACAUAGCAAAAGAUUCUGGAUUUUAAUCUACGUGUGGCUCUCACUAUAUAUUUUCCUUUUAAGUAUUUGCUGAAGUCGCUUGUUCUUCUGUUUGUUUGUUUUUUUUUUUUAAAGGUGUCCUCUAAAAAAAAAAAAAAAAAAAAAAAAAGUUUAGGCUAUUUUUUGAAACGGAUAUUUACACACAAACAAAAAAACAAACUGUGGCAAAAAUGAUAUUUUACGUUUUUAUUAUAUCAACCAUAAUAAAAAAAAAGUGCGAGAUAUGUUUUGAUACGAGG